AUGCAUCGUUGGUGGUGUAAGAUUUCACACUAUUGAACUUGAUUCUCGACGUACUACUCAAAAUAGUGGAAUAAUGGUCAUUGGUGAAAGCGAUGCAAGUGGAACUGGAGACAAUAAUUUCUACGGUGUUCUGGACGAAGUGUUGCACGUACAAUAUCCGUUGGGAAGAAAUGUAUGGCUAUUUAAGUGUCGGUGGUAUGACACGGACGUAAACAAAAGUCAAAGAACGACACACAUUGAAGUAGGGUACAAAUCUCUCAACACAUCCCGAUUUUGGUACGCGGAUGAACCUGUAAUUCUUGCAACUCAAGCACAUCAAGUUUUUUAUGUAGAUGAUCCAAAAAAUGGUAUCAAUUGGAAAGUUGUGCAAGUCAUCCAAAAUAAGCGUAUUUGGGACGUGCCAGAAGUGGAGGAUGUUCAGAAUGACCAUAUUAAUAUAGUAGAAGUUGUUGUAAGCCACCAAGUGGAUCACCACAUCGAGGAUGACACUCUAUGCAGAAAUGACGUUGAUCCCACAAUCGUUGAAAGACCGGUUGUGCGUCAUGUCACUGACGACUUCAUCGACGAUGUGGAUGAACACUUGUCACAUGCAAGCGAUGAGGAAUUAUAGUGACAAAUUAAACCACUCAUUAUGUCAUAUCGACGAUCAAGUUUUAUGGAGACGGACGAUAUGUUCCUCCAGUUUGAGGAGGAUUUAGAUAACAUUGCGGGAGGAUCGUCAUCUGUGGGCGACAAUACGGGGUCUUCUUCUCAACAAACGACCCCGACUCCUAGGAGACGUGCGCAGUCUCGACUCUUGGAGUUAGAGCGCCACGUUGCAAUAAAUGGGCGCAUUCCGAUGACGAUCGCCCCUGGAGCGGAGAAGCCUAUUUCUCCACACGCCGUUCGCUUCAGCCAAGCGAUAGGCGUGUGCGUGCGAAAGACAUUUCCCGUCCGCUGUCUUAAGUGGACGGACGUUGGGAGAGAAUACAUUGAGGUCGUCAAGGGCGACCUCCAGCGAUUCUUUGUGCUUGAUUUCAACGAUCAAGCAAUGAACAGGUUUGUUGAGCAUCAGAUGCUCACGACCUUUAAAGAGUUCCGGGCCGACUGUCAUAAACAUUUCAAAAAGUACAGCGACCCGGAGGAGGCUCGUGCCAACCCACCAAACGCAUUGGUUGGACGUGAUGAGGAUUGGCACUUCCUCUGCGACCAUUAUAUCAGCCGUGCAUUCCAGGAGCAAUCACGGACAAACAAGGCUGCUCGACAGAAGCAGCCUUACAAUCAUAGUAGCGGGUCGAAGUCGUUUCUACAACGACAGUAUGAGCUCGCUGAAAGAAGAGGGCAGCCGGUCGAUCGUGUGGAAUUGUUCCGGGAAACACACGUUCGAGCUGGGACAUUCGUGUCGCAGGCCGCCGAGGAUGCGCAUAAUCAAAUGCUGGAACUCCAAUCACAGCCUACCCCAGAGGGUAGUCAGCCACUCUCUGAGGAUGAGAUAUGCGAUCAGGUGUUGGGUCGACGACCAGGCUACUCAAAAGGCCUUGGUUGGGGACCCAAGCCGAAGGCCCGCAGAACGGCAAGUGCAAGCAGUUCGUCGACAUCUUGUUCGCAGUCCACACAAAAAGAGAUUGAAUUACAAGCUAAACUUCAUGAAGCUUUGGAACGGAUUGAAGUACAAGAUAGAAAACACCAAGCAUUAGCUUCACAAGUGGAAGCUAUGAAAAAGAUGAUUGAAGACCUAACUCGUGCACAACAGGGACCACCACAUGAUCCCUAGCCCUGCGGACCGAAGGUGUAGAAUGACGCGCAUACGCACCUCGUUGGGAGAUUGGGUCUUAUGUUUAUGUUUUUUGUAUAUUGAAAACUAUAUUUUCUUGUAGUCAACUUAUUCGUAUUAUUAAUUUUAAUUCCAUUUUUUAAUUUGUGUUUGUA